AUGUCCACGACCGCAGAGUUAAAUACAAUCUUCACUAGAAUCAGCCAGCGUGUCGACAGCGGCACAGAAAACUUGAACGUUUUACUCAGGAUUUUCACGAAGCGUGCCGAAAUCGAAGAUAAAAUUUCAGAACUCUACAAAUCAUGCCUCCCAGAUAAGUAUGAUCAAACAGAUCCAUUCCUCAUGACUCUUGUCGAAAUGAUUAACAAGCAAGCAACUAUGCACGCGAAGUUUGCACAAGAAGUCCGCGGAGGAAUCAUUGUUCCUCAAACUCGCUUCGUUACAACAGUCCGCGAGAAGCAGCGUAAUAUUCAGAACGCAGUUCGUCGUAAUCAAGGCACAGUUUCAAAGGUGCAGAAAGAUUAUGACAAUGCAGUUCACGACCUUGAACAAGCUAAGGCUGCCCUUUCUACAGUUCCACCAAACAAGCAAGCUUCUCAACAGCAAAAGAUCCAAAAGUACGCCAUCUUAGCUAAACAACGCCAAGAUGAAAUUCAUCGCACCAUUACAUUACUCCAUACAUCAGCAAUACCAACCCUCCAUGCAGACUUCUCAGAAUUCGAUUCUUCACGCCUUGUCCAUAUACAAAACUCUGUUUCAAAGUUGGCAGAUCUUAACAAGAUGAUUGACGAAGCCGACAUGAAGCUGGCAAUAGGCGUAUUGACAAAGGUCAAUAACAUGGAUGGCGCUGAUCGCUCCUCCCGUUACGUUACAAGAGCAUUUAACCCAUCUUCGAAAUCUCUUACAGAUGAAACAGAACUUUACGCUUACGGUAUCGAAAACUACAACAGUGAAGACCCAGCCGAUCUCCAAUUUGUCCGCGGUGAUAAGAUUCGCGUUCUUCAGCAACAUAAUUCUGGUUGGUGGGAUGGCGAGCUCAAUGGAAAGCGUGGCUUAUUCCCAAGAUCCUUUGUUACGCUCGGCCGUGAUGAAUUGGCAAAGAACGACCCAAUCGGCGCUGUUUUCCUAUGUACCAAGGACUUUACAGGCACUUCUGGUGGUGAAAUUCAAUUACUUUCCGGUGAUCUUGUUUAUGUUGACUACGUUAUCGGCCAGAAAUGUUCUGGUCGCAAUCUCAGAACAAAUAACAGAGGAUUCUUCCCACUUGACGCAUUAGAAUCUAAAAUCAAUUAA